CACUCAGCACCAGACCGCCGCCGCGACCCAUUCCUGCGCCCGACGAUGCCGCCGCCCGCUGCGCCGCGGCUGUAUGCGCACCUGCGUCUCGCGCAGCUCUUCGGCGCCAACACCGACGUCGGCAAGACGGUGCUCGCCACGGCGCUGUGCCGCGCCAGUGUGCGUGCCGGCGAGCAGCCCUACUACCUCAAGCCUGUCAGCACGGGGCCGGGCGCAGAGGCGGAUGAGCGCCAUCUGGCCCGCUAUGCUCCGCAGACUCGGGCAGCUACACUGCAUCAGUGGGCGCUCGCUGCCUCGCCGCACCUCGCAGCCACGCAGGGCUCGCAGGCAGUGCCGAGCGAUGCCGAGCUGGUCGCGCAGAUCGCAGAGCACAUUGGCUCUGUCGCCUCGACCUCGAGCGCCGAGGCAUCAUCGAGCGCACAGCAACAUUCUGCACUGUACGUCGAGACAGCUGGCGGAGUGCACUCGCCUACGCCCGCCGGCGGCUCGACGGCACACGCGUUGCGGCCACUGCGCCUGCCGACGCUGCUCAUUGGCGAUUCCAACCUCGGCGGCAUCAGCACCACGCUCUCUGCGUACGACUCGCUGCUGCUGGCGGGCCAUGACGUGCGCGCCAUAUUGCUCUUUGCCGAUCGGCUCAACGCGCCGAUGCGCUGGGGCAACGCAGAGUACCUCAAACGCUGGGGCGAGGAGCACGGCGUGCCUGUCUUCUCCGUGGCGGGCCCGGAUGCCACUGGCAGCCUGGGCCCACCACCGCCGAAGCGUGAAGGCGACGAGCAGGAGAUGGAGGCCUUCUACGAGGGUCUGGCAGGCGGGAGCGAGGCUGGAGAGGUCAUCAAGCUGCUGAGGAGAGAGCAUGAGCAGAAGAUGGCCGAGCUCGCCGGCAUGGGCCAACGGACGCUGGAUCACUGCUGGUGGCCUUUCACACAACAUACCCUGGCCAAGACGCCGCAAGACGUCAACGUGAUCGACUCGGCCUCAGGCGACUUCUUCUCCGUCUUCACCGCCGCAUCCUCAUCGCAAGGACAAGCGACGCCAACGCCUGCUUCUGCACUGCAACCCGUGCUCGAUGGCUCUGCCUCAUGGUGGACACAAUGUCUCGGCCACUCCGAUCCAGGCGUCACCCGUGCAGCUGCACGCGCCGCGGCGCGCUACGGCCAUGUGCUCUUCCCCAUGAGCACGAAUGCACCGGUGCUGCGCCUCACCGAGGCAGUGCUGGGCAUCUCUCGCGGCGAGAAGGGCAGCGACCUAGCACCAAUUCUGCCUGCAUCGCAUGGCCCAGGCCACGGAUGGGCCAGCCGAGUCUUCUUCUCCGAUGACGGCAGUACGGGCAUGGAGGUGGCGCUGAAGAUGGCCAUUGCCUCGGCUGCGCUGCACUAUGCUGGCCCUCGCGCUCCGUCGGCGGUGCAGCAGCGCAUUGCACGCGGCAAAGAGGCAGGUGGCGCUGGCGGCCGUGCCGAGCGCACCUGGGAGGUCAUUGGCCUGAAGGGCUCGUACCACGGCGACACGAUCGGCACGAUGGACGCGUGCGAGCCGAGCACGUACAGCGCGGCUGUGCACUGGUACCAGGGUCGAGGCGCCUGGCUGGACCCACCGUCCGUCGGCGUGCACGAUGGAAGAGCGCUCGUGACGCAGCCGGACGGAGAGACGCGGCAGUACGCCUCGAUUGCCGACAUCUACGACGUCGAGACCCGACUUGCCAGCGACCCUCUCGCGGAGUCGUACGCCGCGCAGAUCCGGCUGUGGCUCGAGCACCUGACCGUCACGCAAGGUCGUCGCUUCGGCGCCCUGGUCAUCGAGCCGCUCAUCCUCGGAGCAGGAGGCAUGGUCUUUGUCGACCCACUCUUCCAGCGCGUGCUGGUCGACACCGUCCGCGAGUCGGAGGACCUCUUCAGUCUGGUCGACCCACCGCUGCGCGACCAGCGUCGUGUGCAGCCGCGCACGGGCACGAGAGACCCGUCGGACUGGCGUGGACUGCCUGUCAUCUACGAUGAGGUUUUCACAGGACUGUGGCGUCUUGGCCAGUCAGCCCCCGCACGGGUCAUCGGCACGACGCCCGACAUCUCUGUCCUCGCCAAGAUUCUCACCGGCGGACUCGUGCCCAUGGCCCUGACGCUAGCCUCUCGCUCCAUCUUCGACACCUUUGCGCGCUCUGAGCAGAAAGUAGACGCCCUGCUGCACGGGCACAGCUACACUGCCCAUCCCGUCGGCUGCGAAGUGGCAGCUGAGGCGUUGCGUCGCAUCUCACGGCUCGACAAGACCGAUGAGACUUGGAGUGCGGCGCGUCAGGACUGGAACGCACCGCAGGCUGCGGCUGGUGAAGAGGCGAAGGGCAAGAUCGCUCCUUGGUCGUUCUGGCAGCAGAGCGUCGUCGAGCGCUUGAGUCGCAGCGACGCUAUUGCUAGCGCGAUGGCCAUGGGCACGGUGCUCGUCGUCAACCUGCGGGACAGCAAUGGCGGUGGCUACACCUCGACAGCGAGCGUCGAGCUACUGCAGCAGCUACGCCAUGCCGUGCAUGCCGAGAGCUCCGAGCUGCGCUUCAACAUUCACGCACGCCCGCUCGGCAACGUCGUGUAUGUCAUGUCGAGCCUCAACACUCCGCCGGCCGUGCGCCGCGCGACCGAGGAGAUGCUGUGCGCUGCACUUGGUGCCUAGGUGACAGGAAGACUCAUUGAGGCGCUCAAUCGGCAAUCUUGCUGCUGUGGGAUUCCAGUGCCGCUCGUGCGAGAGAGAAGAGAAGAGUGCAGAGCGGAGGAAGCGGGACGUCCCGUGCGGGUCCUUGUUUCAUCUGCCCCCUGGGGACGAGGCCACGCUUUGCCGUGAGUCGCAGCGGGAGGCGCAAGGCUCAGAGGGUGGCACCGCAUUGCUGGCACGUGGCUGCCAUGGCUUGCUCUCCCGGUACCAGCGCCUCAGGGUCUUGGCAGCCGUGCUGCCCCUCAUGCGUGGGAGAGACGUG